GGAUUGAAUGUCCGACGGAUGGAGCAAGAAAAAAAAAAGAUAGUGAAAUUUUAUUAGUCCGCUAUCCCAACAUACAUACACUACUAACCGACCUAACCUACUUAAUUGAAGGUUCAACAAUUCAUCGCGGGCGGUCAAGUUCUCCACCGAUUAAGACAUUGAGACAUCGAGACGAGAAGGACAACAUGUCCUCAUUAUCUUCUUAUUCAUAGUGUUAGUUUAUUAUUUUAUUUAUUUACCUUACGUAGUUAACACGCCCCUUCAAAUGACUAGAACCGCGCCAUCAUGAAAUGCCCCUCGAUCAAUUCGCUCGGCCGUCUUGCCAGCAACAGGCCAUGGACAUGUUCGAAUUGCCGCACCCAAUUCCUCGUAGCCCGUGUCAGAACAACACAACGAUCUAUUGCAAGACAAUAUACGACCAACUCUUCUGGGUACUCGAAGAAAACACAUAAGCAGCCCAAGACAAGAGUUACCGUGUUGACCGCUGCUACCACAGCCGCGGCUGGGGCAAGCGUCUUAGCAUUUACGGACGACAUUAAAGCUGGAUACGAUGCUACAGAACGUUCGGGAAGAGUUGCUGCAACGCUGGCAUUAUGCAUCAAUGAUUACCGAACUUCUUUAAACCAACGUGACCAAACAGAGGAUUCCGACGAAAAAGAUCAUAUACUAAGGGCAUGCCACAAGAGGUGUGCAGAGCGCACACUCAAAGUACUCGAAAAGAGUGGAGGAAUAUUCAUUAAAUUGGGACAGCACUUGAGUGCCAUGACUUAUCUACUUCCGCGCGAAUGGACCGAUACGUUUAUACCGCUACAAGACAAAUGUCCAGUAUCCUCGUUCCAAUCGAUCGAGGAAAUGUUCCGCGCCGAUACGGGUGAAGAGCUUAAAGACUAUUUCUCUGAAUUUUCGGAACAGCCAAUAGGGGCUGCCUCUCUUGCCCAGGUUCAUCUAGCGACGGUGAAAGAAAAUGGUCAAAAAGUUGCCGUAAAAGUCCAACAUCCAGGCUUGGCGCAAUGGGCACCUCUCGAUCUGGCCUUGACCAAGUUUACUUUCUCAACCUUGAAGAAGUGGUUCCCCGAGUACGAUUUGGAGUGGUUAGCUUCCGAGAUGGAAGUUUCUCUACCCCAGGAGCUUGACUUCCAGCUCGAGGCCGCGAACGCGAUUCGAACGCAAAAGUACUUUGCGCAACAUCCCGAACUACCACUCGUGAUUCCCGAUGUCCUUUGGGCCAAGAAGCGGAUCUUGGUUAUGGCGAACGAAUCGGGCCAUCGUCUUGACGACCUCGAAUACUUGGACUCGAAUCAUAUCGACCGCGACGAAGUCUCCGCCACGCUAGCCCACAUCUUCAACGAGAUGAUCUUCGGUAAGGGUGCGCCGCUACACUGCGACCCCCACGGUGGCAAUCUCGCUAUCCGGAAGGCGACCCCGAAGAGGCGAGGAGGUGCCAAUUUCGAAAUUAUUAUAUACGACCACGGCCUGUAUCGGGAUAUUCCCGAGAGCCUGCGGCGGUCUUAUGCCAAGAUGUGGCUAGCAGUCAUCGAUGGAAACAUGUCUGCCAUGAAGCGAUACGCACACGAGGUGGCCGGGAUCACGGAUGAGCAAUUCCCUCUGUUUGCCAGCGCUAUCACAGGCCGCGAUUAUACGGUGGUCAAGUCGUCUAUAUUAAAGUCGCGAUCCGACGAGGAGAAGAAGACGAUGGGUGACGCGCUGCAAGAAGGCCUACUAUCAGAUCUCGUGACUAUGCUCGGACAAGUGCCUCGGAUCAUUCUUCUCAUCCUAAAGACAAACGACCUAACGCGCAGCCUCGACGAAAACCUGCAUACCCGCCAGGGCCCGAUGCGGAGCUUUAUGAUCCUAGCGCGGUACUGCGCACGCACGGUGUUCCGCGAGCAGGUGGAGGAGAUCAGGGAGCAGCCCGGCACCCUGCUGUGGCCGGGCAAUGCGCUACGGUUCAUGGCCGCGUGGGUGGGGUACCUGCGCGUGGAGCUGAAGCUCGAGGUCUUCGAGCUGUGGCUCACGGUCAAGAGGAUCGUGGGCAUGAACACGGUUCACUACGGGAGCGCUGUAUCAUUAUAAAUAAUAUUCACCCCCUACUACAUCAUACAUAAUACCUGUAUUACGCGAACGGCAGCAGCAGCAUGUCUAGGUUAGGUACCUAGGUUAGGUACUCUACUUUAGAAGCGAGACUUUUUUUGUUUCCUCACGACGAGACGAGUCGCGGGUUGCGGGAUGGAUACCUCGAUAGAUCGAUAGAUAGACAUAGGGAGACGGAGACGGAGACGGAGAGAGGGAUGCAUGUGCAUUAGGCGGCGUCGAGGGGUAGGUGGACGAAUACGAUUUUAAUGAGAUGCAUGCGAGUAAUGUUAUAUAUAUAUAGAUAUAUAUAUAUGCUAUAAGACU